AUGAGCGGCGGCGGCGCGGCGCCCGGCCCGGGCUCCUCCCCGGCCGCCUGCCGCUUCGCGCACUACUUCGUGCUGUGCGGCAUCGACGCGGACAGCGGGCUGGAGCCCGACGAGCUGGCGGGUGAAAAUUUUGACCAGAGUCCUUUGAGAAGAACAUUCAAAUCCAAGGUUCUGGCCCACUAUCCUCAGAAUAUAGAGUGGAACCCUUUUGAUCAAGAUGCAGUGAAUAUGCUGUGCAUGCCGAAAGGGCUGUCUUUCAGAACACAGGCUGACAACAGAGACCCUCAGUUCCACUCAUUUAUAAUCACCCGAGAAGAUGGUUCUCGCACCUACGGUUUUGUUCUCACUUUUUAUGAAGAAGUUACAAGCAAGCAAAUCUGCACAGCCAUGCAGACACUCUACCAGAUGCACAACGCUGAGCAUUAUGCUUCCUCCUCCUGCAGCAUGGACUCGCUGGCCAGCAGCAUCGACGAGGGAGAUACGACUUCCCUUUCGAAACUCCAGCGAUACAACUCCUACGACAUCAGCAGAGACACCCUGUACGUUUCCAAAAGCAUAUGUUUGAUCACGCCCCUGCCUUUCAUGCAGGCCUGCAAGAAAUUCCUCGUCCAGCUCUACCGAGCCGUUACCUCGCAGCAGCCACCCCCCUUGCCGCUGGAGAGCUACAUCCAUAACAUUCUCUACGAGGUACCGCUCCCACCGCCAGGGAGGUCGCUGAAGUUCUAUGGCGUUUAUGAACCCGUCAUAUGCCAGAGGCCCGGGCCCAACGAGCUCCCCCUCUCCGACUACCCUCUGCGGGAGGCCUUCGAGCUCCUGGGGCUGGAGAACCUGGUGCAGCUGUUCACCUGCGUCCUCCUAGAGAUGCAGAUCCUCCUCUACUCACAAGAUUACCAACGCCUGAUGACUGUGGCGGAAGGCAUCACCACACUCUUGUUCCCAUUUCAGUGGCAGCAUGUGUAUGUGCCCAUCCUCCCUGCUUCUCUGCUACAUUUUCUUGAUGCUCCUGUCCCUUAUCUGAUGGGUCUUCAGUCAAAAGAAGGAACUGACCGUUCCAAACUAGAGCUUCCUCAAGAGGCUAACUUGUGUUUUGUGGAUAUUGACAACCAUUUUAUCGAGUUGCCGGAAGAAUUUCCACAGUUCCCCAACAAAGUGGAUUUUAUCCAGGAACUCUCUGAGGUUCUUCUUCAGUUCGGGAUCCCUCCCGAGGGCAGCCUGCACGGCAGCGAGAGCGCCACCAAGCUGAAGAACCUGGUUCUGAAAGACUUGGCCAAUGACAGAAAGAACGGCAACAUCCCCGCGAACAGCAUCAGCAUGUAUGAGCUACUGAAGGGCAACGAAACCAUCGCCCGGCUCCAGGCGCUUUCCAAGCGGACUGGGGUGACCGUGGAGAACAUGGACCUCUCUGCCUCUCUGGGUGAAAAGGAAAAGGAUCUGAAGCUGCAGUGUGAAGAGGCGGAGCUCAGGGACUACCAGCUCAACGUGCAGCUCCGAGAGGUGUUCGCGAACCGCUUCACGCAGAUGUUCGCGGACUACGAGUCCUUUGUGAUCCAGAGCGCCCAGGACAUGGAGUCCUGGCUCACCAACCGGGAACAGAUGCAGAACUUCGACAAAGCUUCCUUUCUGUGUGACCAGCCUGAGCCAUACCUGCCAUUCCUUUCACGCUUCAUUGAAACCCAGAUGUUUGCCACCUUUAUUGAUAACAAAAUUAUGUCUCAGUGGGAGGAGAAAGACCCUUUGCUUCGGGUCUUCGACUCUCGGAUUGAGAAGAUAGGACUGUACAACGUGAGGGCACCCACCUUGCGGACAUCCAUAUAUCAGAAAUGCAGCACUUUAAAAGAAGCAGCCCAGUCAGUUGAGCAGCGGCUGAUGAAAAUGGAUCACACUGCAAUCCACCCUCAUCUACUUGAUAUGAAAAUUGGUCAAGGCAAAUAUGAGCAGGGGUUCUUUCCAAAGUUACAGUCCGAUGUCUUGGCAACAGGGCCAACUAAUAACAAUCGCUGGGUGAGUCGGAGCGCCACCACGCAGCGCAGGAAAGACCGCCUCCGCCAGCAUUCCGAGCACGUGGGCCUGGACAACGACUUGAGGGAGAAAUACAUGCAAGAGGCACGAAGCUUAGGAAAAAACCUGAGGCAACCCAAACUGUCAGACCUCUCUCCUGCUGUGAUUGCACGGACCAACUGGAAAUUUGUAGAAGGCUUAUUAAAGGAAUGUAGGAUGAAGACCAAACGCAUGCUGGUGGAGAAGAUGGGCCACGAAGCCGUGGAACUGGGCCACGGAGAAGCCAACAUCACGGGCUUGGAGGAGAACACCUUGAUCGCCAGCCUCUGUGACCUGCUGGAGAGGAUAUGGAGCCACGGCUUGCUGGUCAAGCAGGGGAAGUCGGCUUUGUGGUCACAUUUAAUUCAGUUUCAGGACAGAGAAGAGAAGCAAGAGCACCUUGCAGAGUCACCAGUGGCCCUGGGACCAGAAAGAAGAAAAUCUGACUCAGGAGUUAUGUUGCCAACACUCAGGGUCUCCCUUAUCCAAGACAUGAGGCACAUUCAGAACAUGAGUGAGAUCAAGACUGACGUCGGGCGAGCUCGGGCGUGGAUCAGGCUGUCUCUGGAAAAGAAGCUCUUGUCCCAGCAUCUCAAGCAGUUGCUGUCUAACCAGGCGCUCACCAGAAAGCUUUAUAAGCGGUACGCCUUUCUGUGCUGCGAGGAAGAACGGGAACAGUUUCUGUACCAUCUUCUCUCCCUCAACGCAGUGGACUACUUCUGCUUCACCAGUGUCUUCACCACCAUCAUGAUUCCGUAUAGGUCGGUGAUCAUCCCCAUCAAGAAGCUGAGUAACGCGAUCAUCACCUCAAACCCCUGGAUCUGUGUGUCAGGGGAGCUGGGAGACACAGGAGUAAUGCAGAUCCCCAAAAACCUCCUGGAAAUGACCUUUGAGUGCCAGAACCUGGGGAAGCUGACCACCGUGCAGAUUGGUCACGACAACUCUGGACUGUUAGCCAAGUGGCUGGUGGAUUGUGUCAUGGUCAGAAAUGAAAUCACAGGACACACAUACAGGUUCCCGUGCGGGCGGUGGCUGGGGAAGGGCGUGGACGACGGGAGCCUGGAGCGGAUUCUCAUUGGAGAGCUGAUGGCACCUGCGGCCGAUGAGGACCUGGCGAAACAGUGCCGGACGCCCCCCCAGCAGAAGUCGCCCACCACGGCCCGGAGGCUGAGCAUCACUUCGCUAACGGGGAAAGCCGCCAAGCCCAGUGCUGGACAGAUCCAGGAAGGAAUCGGAGAGGCUGUGAACAACAUCGUGAAACAUUUCCACAAGCCUGAGAAAGAGAGGGGGAGCCUCACGGUGCUGCUGUGCGGGGAGAGCGGCCUGGUGGCGGCGCUGGAGCAGGUGUUCCACCACGGCUUCAAGUCCGCCCGCAUCUUCCACAAGAACGUCUUCAUCUGGGACUUCAUAGAGAAAGCGGUCGCUUAUUUUGAAACCACUGACCAGAUUCUAGACAACGAAGACGAUGUCCUCCUUCAGAAGCCCUCCUGCAAAACCUUCUGCCAUUACGUCAAUGCUAUUAACACCGCACCCAGGAACAUCGGGAAGGACGGCAAGUUCCAGAUCUUAGUCUGCCUUGGAACACGGGACCGCCUGCUCCCCCAGUGGAUCCCGCUGUUGGCCGAGUGCCCUGCCAUCACCCGGAUGUACGAAGAGAGCGCCCUCCUGCGGGACCGCAUGACCGUCAACUCCCUCAUCCGCAUCCUGCAGACCAUCCAGGACUUCACCUUCAUCCUCGAGGGCUCGCUCAUCAAAGGCGUGGACGUGUAA